ACCCGCCCGCGAGACCGCGCUCGCAGACACAUCACUUCUGUAUUCCCGAGCGCCUGGCCGCGCGUGCGCGGCUCCAGUGGCCACAGAUUGGCUGAGGGAGGGAGGCGGAGUCUGACGAGCUGCAUUGGAACGGAGUUAAAGCCCCGCCGCGGCCGGGUGAGAACCCCCCUAAGGGGCGGAGCUCCGUGGAAACCGGAAGUAAGUCUUGACGGGCACUCGGAGCAGUUCCGAUGACUGUCCACAACCUGUACCUGUUUGACCGGAAUGGAGUGUGUCUGCACUACAGCGAAUGGCACCGCAAGAAGCAAGCAGGGAUUCCCAAGGAGGAGGAGUAUAAGCUGAUGUACGGAAUGCUGUUCUCUAUCCGCUCGUUUGUCAGCAAGAUGUCCCCGCUAGACAUGAAGGAUGGCUUCCUGGCCUUCCAAACUAGCCGUUACAAACUCCAUUACUACGAGACGCCCACUGGGAUCAAAGUUGUCAUGAAUACUGACUUGGGCGUGGGAUCCAUCCGAGAUGUGCUGCACCACAUCUACAGUGCGCUGUAUGUGGAGCUGGUGGUGAAGAAUCCCCUGUGCCCGCUGGGCCAAACUGUGCAAAGUGAGCUUUUUCGCUCCCGACUGGACUCCUAUGUUCGCUCUCUGCCCUUCUUCUCUGCCCGGGCUGGCUGAAGCAACCUACCUCAAGUCUCAAGAGAAUUCAUGUCUGCCUGGGGCCCUUCCGAACCUGUGCCAACUAAGGGCCCCCACUGUAAGCCCCCGCACCCCCACCCUCUGCCCAGAGCAACAGCCUAAAGGCCUGCCCUGAUGCUCUCCUCCUACCAGAAUGAAGCCCACAGAGUCCCUCCACCUCCACACCAGGCCCUCUCUCCAGUUUUAUCCCCUGCCUAAUGCUGCGAGAAGCACAGAAUAAACUUUUUGUCACUC